CAAAUAGAUCUGGAGCAACGAAGCUUAGAGUUACGAUUUAUUGCGUACAGUAGACUCUAAGUUCUUGCAGUAUGAGGAUGACGAUUUUGCGUGCCUACUCACAAUUCUUAGUGAGAUGGCCGUAUCUGAUGAUUGCCAUUAUUUGUGUGUUGAUGCUACUGAUGAUACCGAUUGGAUUCAGUCCAAGCAUUCACUCAUUGCCGGACUUUGCACAGCCAGCGAAGGGAUUUGAAACUCGAGGGACUACAAUUGCUAAACGUGAUCAAACACUGAAGCGCAUCCAAACGCUGACAUCUGAACAAACAUUUUUUAAGUCCGUGCCGAUUCCAAGACAUCAAAUAACAGGAGAUCGAAAGAGACGACAAGUUUCUGGAUGCGAAAGAUAUUAUAGAAUUGUCGAUCUGACUUCAGCCAACGACACUAAGUUGCACUUAUGUUUCAUAGAAGAUGAGCAAGUACUGGCAUUUGAAGGCGACUUACUGCAUGAUACAUCAAUACGAGCCAUGUGUUCUUUAUCGGAAUCUGUGGUGCGAUCUCAUUCUUUGUAUUCCCAAGUCUGUUAUACUGAUGUUAGCAGCAGUUGUGUGCCUGACAUUUCUCUCGGCAAUAUCCUUGCUUCAUGGAAAGGUAAAUCAAGGUGUCAAGAUAUCACAAAUGAGGAUGUAAACGAACUGAUAGGGAGUCUUGCUCGUUGUGCCCAACUGUAUCUUGAUGGAAAACUCGAUUCAGACUGUGCAGAAAGAAUGGGAUCUUCUACAUCCUGCAGUCAAGUGUCAUCUGAAUGCAGUGAUAUGAAUGCCAUGUUUACUAUUAUGCAUUACCUUAUUGAUGUCAACUUUGUGAAAGCAAUUGCUAGUUGGUGUGGAGGAAAAUCUGGCAAUUGUGACGACAGUCUACCUGUUUUGCAGUACUCCAUUGCCAUCCUUCAAGCAAAAGAGUCGGCAUCUGUUUUUGAAGUCAUCUACAAAGAUCGAUUGACGUCAACUGUGUCAAAUGAUGGUGUUACGUUAGUAGGAUUUAGCUUUGAUGGAGUUGCUUACAAGGUGUUUCAAGAACGUCUGUUGAGUGAUGUUAUUUAUCCUGCUCUUUCUAUUAUAAUUGUCUUCAUUAUUAUGUGGAUCUACACCGGAACAUUGUUUGUGACCGGAUUGUCUGUCUUUGCUAUUAUGUCUUCAAUGGGUGUUGCAUAUUUUUGGUACACUAUCGUGUUUGGAGUCGAUUUCUUCCCAUUCAUAAACCUGACAGCGAUUGUUAUUCUUAUUGGAGUUGGAUCAGAUGACGUGUUUGUGUUUAUGGACACCUGGAAGCAGAUAAAACGAAACAAUCCAAAUGCUUCAAUAGUGGAACGAGUUCAAAAAACGCUUCGUCAUGCUGCUUUGUCAAUGUUUGUGACUAGUUUUACUACAUCAGCAGCUUUCUUUGCUAAUGCGAUAUCAUCGAUUAUUAGCAUCAAGUGUUUUGGUGUAUACGCGGGGAUAUCUGUGUUGGUCAACUACAUUCUAAUGAUUACUUGGCUUCCAGCUGUUGUUGUGAUUUCAGAGAAAUAUAUUGAUGUAUUAUGGGAAAAGAUCACAAAUGGACGUUUGUCUUCGUUUGUGAAAAUCAAACAUGUUUGGAAUUUAUGUUUGCAGAAAUGCUCUUCGGUGUAUACAGUUGGCAUUCCAUGGUUGAUAUUUAAAGUUCACUUACUGCUGGUCAUCUUGUUAGUUGGUCUGGGAAUUGGGAUGACAGUAGUUGUGUUUCAUAGUCCGGGUCUCCAGCUUCCUACCACAAACCAAUUUCAGUUGUUUCUAUCAUCAGACAUUCUCUCAACGUACGAUUUCAAACUUGUUGAUCGUUUUGCAUUUGAAUCUUCACUUGCAGAUGAAGAAACAAUGCCUAUAGUUUUUGCAUUUGGUCCCAUUCCAGAAGACCACGGCAGCCAGUUUGAGCCCAGUCAGGAGCCAGUAGGACCAGUAAAGUUCCAGCAGACAUCGAUGGUCAUUAGUGAAGCAGGACAGGUAUGGCUAUUGGAAUUUUGUUCUGAUAUCAGAAACCAGACAUUCUAUAGACAAGGUUAUGAAAGCUGCUUUAUUUUGGACAUGAACAUUUGGCUACAACAACUUAAAACACCUAGCAACUGUGCAGACUAUAAGGCAACUGUACAAAGGUACGCAAGAGGUUACAAUGUGAAAGAUGUGGAACCACUGUGUUGUGAUGUCAUUUUGCCAACAAAUGUAACGACUUUUAGCACGUGUCUCGUUCACUGGAGCAUUGCUAAGCGUAGUUAUUCUACAAGUUGGAAUGGUCCACUCUUUCAAAUAGACAUGGCAACUAAAGAAAUUCAACUAAUUGCUCUUUUUGUUCAAGUUACGAGCAAUCAGGUUUACACCAAUUCGUACACAGACAUGAAUUCAUUUUGGGAGAGUGUGCAGAAGUGGCUUGAUUCCAUCGGCCGCUCUGCACCUCGUGAACUGCAAGGCGGUUGGUUUACGAGUCCAUACUAUCUUCGAUUCUAUGACUUGCAGCAGAGUUUGUCGAUUGGAUCUGUGCUUUCAAUGGGAGUUUCGAUCGGUGUAGCUUUUGCUGUCCUCUUCCUUACCAGUUUGAACGUCUUGAUUAGUGUGUAUGCCAUUGUAUCGAUUGCUGGCACGUUAGUGUGCACUGUUGGCACUCUAGUGUUGCUUGGAUGGCAGCUGAAUAUAAUGGAAUCUGUUGCCAUGUCUAUUGCUGUCGGCCUUUCAGUUGACUUUGCUGUCCACUAUGGAGUGGCGUAUCGAUUGUGUUCUGAGCCGGACAGGAAAAAGCGAACACAAUAUGCUAUUACUCACAUGGGACCUGCCAUUACCAUGGCUGCUGUAACAACGUUUGUUGCCGGUGCAAUGAUGAUGCCUUCGCAGAUUUUAGCGUACCAUCAGUUGGGCAUUUUCCUGAUGCUCAUCAUGUUGUACAGCUGGAUCUUUGCUAACUUUUUCUUUUUACCAAUCUGUUGCCUGAUUGGACCACAAGGUAUGUGUUGUCAGAUAAAAAUUCCAAGGCACAUUGACUGUUACUUAGUGGAAGAGAGUGAGCAGGAAUCUGCGUCAGGCUAUUCUGGUGGUGUGGAGAUGGCAGACAGUACAGAUAUGGAAGAAAUGACAGAGCCAUUGAUUAUUGAAGAAUGAACGAGGAGAGUCAACCAACUUAUAAUUAUUUGUUCUCGCUGUGGUCAUUUGCAGUCUUUUUAGCACAAGUGGUUUAUUUUUAUAGUAAUUUGGCGUGGUGCUUCACACACACACACGCACGUACACACACACACACACACACACACACACACACACACACACACACAAAUAUAAAAUUAUAUUUCUAUAAAAAC